AUGUGGCCGCCAACGUUCCUGUUCUUCGAAGAGUUCGUCCUGCCUGUGGAGCAAACGUCCCAGGUUGUGCCUUACGUCCCGAACAUGUACGACGACGACCUUGCUCGAGGGAACAGCGCAAGCUGGGUCCCCACCAGACCUACGUCCCCUCCCCGUUCUCCGACCAUGCCGGGUCCCCCGGCCCUCGAGUUCGAGCUCCCGAUAGGACAGUGGGUAGACCUCGCCCGUCUCGAGUGGCGUUUUGAAGACGCCAUCCACAAACAACAACGAGGGGUUCGCCUUUCAAAGGCCAUGAUCAUCGACCUGGUGGUCAACUCUCCCCCUCCCCCCCAGACCAACAACUCACAGUCCCGGGGAAAAUUUGACAUUCCCCUUCACUACGCAUACCUCCUCACAGAGGUCGUUAACGGAGCUACCCAGGAGGUAGAAGCUCUAGAGGGAGGAAUGGAUCCCCUUACCAAAGGGAAAAUUCUCGACGACGCCAUCGAGACCAGGCUCCACAUGGUGGGAGCAAAGACGGUCACCGAUCGUAGCGAUCUCGCGGACCUCAUUGAGGCUGCCAUGUACGACCGAACUAUCAAGCGGAAGGACGCGUUCGUCCUCCUCGAAAUGGCUAAGCAGGCCACUAAAGACAACGAGAAUAACGGUAACGACCCCUACCCAGUCGUCAGCCUCCCUUUCACUUCCCAUUUGGGGCCGGUCAUUAGCAGCCCCACGGUGGAAUGUGCGGCCGAGAUCGCCGAGGCCUUGGGACCCAACGUCCAGUGGCGCUGCGAUGGGUACUCCAAUGACGAGGUUGACCCCGAAUCGUUUGGGGAACACGAUGAUAAUAUGGACGGAGAGUGUGCUUGGUAA